GGUGAUUGCUGGCUCCUGGCUGCCAUUGCAUCUCUCACUUUGAAUCCAGAUGUUCUGCACCGUGUUGUUCCCAAGGAUCAAAGUUUCCAGAAGGACUAUGCUGGGAUCUUUCAUUUCCAGUUUUGGCAGUACGGAGAAUGGGUGGACGUGGUGGUAGAUGACAGGCUGCCCACCAAGAACGGGAAGCUGCUCUUCGUGCACUCAGAGGAAGGCAAUGAGUUCUGGAGCGCACUGCUGGAGAAGGCCUAUGCGAAGUUGAAUGGCUCUUACGAAGCUCUCACAGGAGGGUGCACUAUGGAAGGCUUUGAGGAUUUUACUGGAGGCAUUUCUGAGUCCUAUGAGCUGCGGAGGGCCCCUUCGAACCUGUACCAGAUAAUCCAGAAGGCUCUGAGAGCUGGGUCACUGCUUGGCUGUUCCAUCGAUGUAACUUCUGCAGCUGGAAUAGAAGCAAUCACAAGUCUGAAACUGGUAAAGGGACACGCUUACUCUGUCACUGGAGCAGAAGAGGUAUAUUACCGAGGAAGGCCAGAAAAACUAGUGAGGCUUAGAAAUCCCUGGGGUGAAGUGGAAUGGACUGGAGCUUGGAGUGAUAAUGCUCCUGAAUGGAAUUUUGUUGAUCCCAAACAAAAACUGGCUCUGGAUAAGCAAGUAGAUGAUGGAGAGUUUUGGAUGGCAUUUUCAGAUUUUCAAAGGCAGUUUACCCGCCUUGAGAUCUGCAACUUGACUCCCGACACGCUGACAAGCAAGGAGAUCAAUAAAUGGGACCUCACCCUGUUUAAUGGACAGUGGAGACGGGGUUCAACUGCUGGGGGCUGCCAGAACUACCAAGCCACAUACUGGACCAAUCCCCAGUUUAAAAUCCGCUUGGAUGAACCAGAUGAUGACCAUGAAGGGAGUCUUAAUGAGCCGUGCUGCACUAUACUGGUGGGUUUGAUGCAGAAGAACCGGAGGAGACAGAAGAAAAUGGGAGAAGAUCUGCUUAGUAUUGGUUAUUCACUCUAUCAGAUUCCUCAGGAGCUGGAAAAUACCACAGAUAUUCAUGCAAACCGUGCUUUCUUCGCAAGGAACCAACCAGCAGCCCGGUCUGAUCCUUAUACCAACCUGCGUGAAGUCUCCAGCCGCAUGAAGUUGCCUCGGGGAGAGUACCUCAUUGUGCCAUCCACUUUUGAGCCUUACAAAAACGGAGAGUUCUGCCUGCGAGUUUUUUCGGAGAAACAGGCUAAAACGCAAGUGAUUGGUGAUGUGGUGGCUGCAAAACCAUAUGAGCCCCAUGUUGAUAACAAAGAUAUAGAUGACGAAUUCAAGACUCUGUUUCAGAAGAUCUCUGGAGAGGACUCUGAAGUGACUGCAAUUGAACUUCAAACUAUCCUAAACCGGGUAUUGGCAAAGAGAAAGGAUAUUAAAAGUGAUGGAUUCAACAUUAACACUUGUAGGGAGAUGAUCAGCCUUUUAGAUACCAAUGGGACUGGCACCUUGGGACUCCUAGAAUUCAAGAUGCUUUGGAUGAAGAUUCAAAAGUAUUUGGCAAUCUAUAAGAGAGUGGACAGUGACUACUCCGGUACCAUCGACUCCCAUGAGAUGUGGAAUGCCCUUAGAGAGGCAGGUUUCAUGCUCAACGAUCAGGUGCAGCACAGCAUUGUCAUGCGCUAUGCCUGCAGCAAGCUGACCAUUGAUUUCGAUGGCUUUGUGGCCUGCAUGAUCCGCUUGGAAACCCUGUUCAAAGUGUUCCAUCUCCUGGACAAAGAUGAGAAUGGAGUCGUCCAGCUCUCUCUGCCUGAGUGGCUGUGCUGCACACUGGUCUGA